AUGCCUCCGCGAGGAUUCACCAAUCCCGCCCCAAAGACAGAAUCCGCCCGAUCCGCAUUGAGUUCCUUCACCUGCACCCUCUGCAACAAAUCCUACUCCCGCCACCCCGAAUACGAAGCCCACAUCGGCUCCUACGACCACCAACACCGCAAACGCCUCCAAGAUCUAAAACAACUUUCCCGAGAUCCCAAUGCUGCGGAGAAAGCGCGACGCGCGGAGAGGAAGGCCGAUGCUGAGGCUGGAUUGAGGGUUAUUGAUACGCCCACGCCCGCAAGUAGCGGAGGAGCAGGUGGAGCUGAGGGUGUUUCUUUUGCGCAGAAGAAAUCCGGCGCUGGUGGUGGAGGCGGCGGGUUUAAAAAGGGUGGGUUUAAGAGUUCGUUUGCGUCUGUUAAGGGGUCUUCUGGGUCGGGGGCGGGGCCUGUUAAGAGGAAUGUUCUCGGGGAUGAUGAUGAUGAUGGGAAUACUGAAGCCGGGAUUGGGAUUGAAGGGCAGGGUGGUGGGAAAGAGGCUGCGAAAACUGCGCCUGCCGCUACGGCUACGGCUACGACUACUGGAUCGAAACUAGUCCGCGAUGACGUCGAAAGCGAUACAGAUGAGGAGUAUGCGCGGGAUCUGGAUGGUGGGGGGUAUUAUGAUCCGAGACGGCCGACGGGGUGUUUGGGUGGUUGUGUGGGUGCGGGUGGGAAAGAGGUUAAGGCUCUCUCAUGA